UUCAGUCGUAACGUAUACCAAGCUGUUUCACCACAAGAAGGAUAAUUCAAACGUCAAUAACAUGGAAACAAGUGAGUCCGAGAAACAUAUCUACAAACUAUCGAACGAGUUUCGUGAUUCUAUUUGUGAUAUUCACCGACGUGAGCUAGGUAAGCUAAACGACAUAAUUGGAAAGAAAGAGAGAAAAAUAAAAGAACUCGAAACUCGACUAGCAAAACAACCUAAGGAGACAAGAAUGGGAAUGACACAUAUACAAGAAAUGGAUAAACUAAAAACUAGGAAUGAAAUUCAGACGAGUGAAAUUAAACAGAAUAUAUACCAAAAAGAACAGGAUAUUAAAAAGAUGGAAAGUAAAAUCCAAGAAUAUGAGAACCAAAUAUCCGAAUAUAAAAAAGUAAUACAGGAUAAAGAUGAACAAUUUGAGCGAGAAAGGAACGAUAGCAAAUAUUGCUUAGAACAGCACAAGGAGAAAAUAACCAAAGAUAUAAACACCAUUCAGACACAGAAUAAGGAAAUUACAGAACUGAAACGCAGUUUAUCACAAAAUGAAAAGGCUCUACAAAGUGCAGAAAAUAAAAUAAAGAAACUCAAUACCAAUAUUGAAGAGUAUAAGAGCAGUUUAUCACAAAAAGAAAAGGCUCUACAAAGUGCAGAAAAUAAAAUAAAGAAACUCAAUACCAAUAUAGAAGAGUAUAAGAGCAGGGAAGAGACAGAAAUUAUGAGAUACCAAGAGAUGGUGUCCGAGAAAGACAUAGUAAUUCGGGACACUAAAAAAAGAUUGACUGAAGCUGCACAGAUCAAUCUUGCGUCAGGCCACCACACAAGGGUUGAAAACACUGAAUUCAUUGUUCGCCCGUCGACACUGGCUGCUGAUUACAAUGAAUUCACUGACGGUCAAAGAAUGGAUGCAAUAGACCUCCUACAGAAGAAGACAAAAUGUGAUGAACUAGCAAGCGAGCUUAUAGCUUGUGAGAUAAUGAAAUUAGGAAUGAAAAAGCUUCGUUACGAACAAAGAAUAAUUCAUGAUCAUCGGUAUAAAUUAGAACACAUGCUAAUCGCUAGCUGA